AUGUAUAAAUCAAUACAGUUUAUAUUUUUAUUGGCCACAGUCUACUUGUUGCACCUUGGUGUUGAUGCUCAAUCAUCAAAUUACACUGUGGCAAGUGUGAUACAAGACAACAAUGUACUAGUUGCAGAGGGAUAUUUCGGGACCAAUCAAUCAAUAGUCUCUGUGACGAUUGAUCAAUACACCCCAUGUCAACUUGUCAGCUUCAACGGCACCAAUUUCAUAUGUAAUUUUGGUAGUACACCUGGAAAUACUGCGGGCAACAAGUUGGUCACCGUCACAAUUGGUAACUAUGUUCUUGUGAAUGACACACUAUACUUUAACAAGGUUUAUUCAAUCUCCAAUGUUACCUACAACUACGCUCCAAACAAAAUUAGAAUCAAUGGUGUUCUCAACGACACUGGUAGUAUCAGUGAAACAUCCGUCUAUAUCUCACGCGACAGAUCUGAAUGGGUUCUCUGCUCUGUUGAAUAUGUCAGUCAUUCAUUACUCGAUUGCCAAUUGAACCAGCGUGUACCAGCCGGUUCGUAUAUCGUCUACUAUCGAAAUAGUUUUGCCACUAUUUACUCAACUGUCAAUAUUACAUCUCACCCUUACACUUUGGCAAGUCUUUCUUUUAAUAAUGAAUCGAAUAUAAUAAGUGCUAGAGGCUAUUUCGGGUUCGAAUCUGUGUCUGUGUGGAUUGAUCAAUAUACUGCAUGCCCACUUGUCAGUUCCGACAGUUCCACUAUCACAUGUAGUGUUGCCAACAUCAUCCCACGUCCAGUUGGCACCAAGGUUGUCACUAUCCAAGUUGGAGACAUUGCUCGACUUAAUGGUACCCUCUACUUUGGUACUGUCAAUUAUUCAAUCUCCAACGUCUCCUACAACAGCACUCUCAACUCAUUCAGAAUCACUGGUAAUGAUCUUUCCAACAAUCAUAGUACUGAUGGUAUGAGAGUUGUACUCUACAUCCCAAACAGAUGGAUUGAGUGUUUCAUCACAUCUGCCGGCCCGUCCUAUGUUACUUGCCACUUAGCAAAUGGCCAACGUCCAACAACCAACACUACCUAUCAAGUCUACCUAGAAAGUCCCUAUUACGGUUUAUACUCUACUGUUUAUAUUCCAUCUGCAACCCCAACCUUUACCUUUAGUUCUUUCCUUCCUACUUUUUAUCCAUUGGGACUUGAAGUCAGAGGAUAUUUUGGUAACUCCUCUUCGAGUGUCAAUAUUACAAUGAUCAAUAGUGGUCGUUCGGUUAAGUGUGGAGUCACCUACUUUACAUCGACUAUUUUGUUGUGUUCACUUGGCAACAACUACCCAGUUAAUGGUGGAUACCACAAUGUCAUCGGUGCUAUCAACAAUGUUAUCUAUAACAAUACUAUUGUUUAUUUCCAACCAUUUGAUAAUUCCUCAUCCUCUCCCUCCUCUUCGUCAUCAACUUCGUCAUCAGACGAGUCUGAUGUCACAUGUACAUUGAGUCGUUCAGGUAAACUCAAGGUCCAGUAUCCAGGUGGCACUCCAAUCAAUUGUACCUCUCAAGGUAUCAGUGAAUGUAAUACACCAGGCGGAUUCCAAUGUCUAGGUCUCUUGAGCUCCUCAUCUACCAGAUGUUCAGCUCCACAUGAAAUUGUUUGUCAAGCUUCAUCUAUUGUCUGUCGUGCUGGUGGAAUGUCCUGUUCCAUUGAAAAUGGUCAAUUGAGUAUCAAACCCGAUACAACAGUAGUUCCAGGUGGUGACAAUUCACAAUCUGAUUCCGAUUCCAAAACUAGUAAUUCUUCCUCUAUAUCAUUCUCUCUUUUCACCAUUCUCCUCUCGUUAUCCAUCAUUGUCAUUUUAAUUUAA